AAGUCAGGUGAGUUGAGAGCGCAUUAGUCACUGAGAUGGGCUGUCUCUAAAUAGUUGUUCAGCUCAUAACAAACGCUUUAUCAGACAAACAUGCCAAACGACCCUUCAGCGCGGCUUUGUCUGCAGCCUGUCCGCAGCACGGACACAAGAACAUUUCACUACACAUUGUACUCUGUAUGAUACUGUAUGUGACAAAUAAUAAAGAUUGUUUGUUUGUUUGUUUGUUCAGGACUUCGCUGUUAGCUUGCACAUUAAACUGUAUAUGAUAAAGAAAUCCGGCCACACGUUUGUGUUGACGUCACUCAGAGUCAGCUGUUACUAGGCUCGUCGCAGCGCCACACGUCUUUUGCCUGCAUCGUGCAUGUCCAGCAGCAAGAUCGACGAUGGCCGGAUUCACGGGUUUCCUGCACAGACUGAUGGCCUCAAAUACUAUAACAAAACAGGAGAAGUGUUACAACCCUCUCGACCUGACAUUUAAAUUUGUCGAUAGAGAGGAUGAUUUGGACUUUUUGUGUGAAGGCUUCAAAUCUCUCAGAGCUCAGAUGUCCUGUGGUCACGCUGUGACCCCGACCUCUCUCACCAACUGGUGUCGCAGGUUGUUGGAGCAGGGUGAAAGCAGGUUUGUGUGUGGUGGGUUUGGUUGCAGUGCUGAGUGGACUUUGGCAGAGGUUGUUAAAAUGGCUCUUCUGACCCCUGAAGAAACUGAGUACUUCAGAAAAACCCUGGAAUUCAACGCUGCCAGGCAGAUGCUUAUCAUCAGAUUUUGUCCUAGCUGUGGAUCCGCUGUGACGAGAGAGAAUGAAUCAGAUUUGAAUGUCCUCUGUAAAAAGUGCACAGCAGUAAAAGGACAGCCAUUUGAAUUCUGCUGGCAGUGUUUGAGGGAGUGGAAGGGUGCACGGCCUCGGAAAGACCGCUGUGGAAAUCGUGGCUGCUGCAACCAGUCACUGAAAACGCUAAAAGAAUGCCCAGAUAUCAUCUUUGAUUCUGUGAAGGGAGUCAACGGGUGUCCCUCUGUCCGUGCCUGUCCCACCUGUGGUUUACUGGUGGAGCACAGCAAGAGGCAUUGUAAAUCUCUUGUUUGUCCUCGAUGUAAGGUGAAGUUCUGUUUUGUGUGCCUGAAGAUCUUCACUGAAUGCACCAGAACAAGUGGCAUUUCUGCACCUUGCUCCAGUGGAGUGGCCCCCAGACAGACAGCUAUACCUGUAUGGCAGAAGAAAUAAUAGUAACAACACAAGGCCAUCAAACUUCACUUUGUUUUGGUGUGAAAGUGACUUGAAAGUGGAGUUGAUGCACUUUAAAAUAUAUGAUAAUUAUAUUUUAAAAAAUAGCUUUUUGCUCCCAAAUUCACCUAGCAACUGCCAUAAACCAGUCAACAAUUCCCAGUAUUUCUCUCUGACUGGAGAUUAGCAGGAGGUCACUGAACAUUCACUAGGUCUGCAUGGUUAAGCAACUUCCAGUAACCACUUGUCAACCAGUCAGGAAAUAAACAUUUUAUAUAGAAAUCUGCGGUUGGCAUUUAUCUGUGAUAAUAUAUCAUAUAAUAUAAUGCUAAAGAAAUGUUGUAGUUUGUUAAUGAGAAAUUUCCUACCAGAUGUGAACUUUACAACUGUAUUAUGCCUGAUUUGGGGGGGCGAGGGGGCGUGGCUGUGGCUCAGCUCGUAGAGCAGAUCAGCUACUGAUCGGAAGGUUGGUGGUUCGAUUCCUGGCUCCCCCAGUCUGCAUGCCAAAUAUCCUUGGGC